AUGUGCGGAUCCUUCUGCGUUUUGGGAGGCAAAAUCCCUACUCCCAUCACCCUUGUCCCUACUCUCAUCACCCUUCUCCCUUCUCUCAUCACCUUUCUCCCUACUCUCAUAUUCCUUCUCCAUACUCUCAUCUCUCUUCUCCCUACUCUCAUCACCCUUCUCCCUAGUCUCAUCACCCUUCUCCCUACUCUCAUAACCCUUCUUCCUACUCUCAUCACCCUUCUCUCUACUCUAAUCUCCCUUCUCCCUACUCUCAUCACCCUUCUCCCUACUCUCAUCACCCUUCUCCAUACUCUCAUCACCCUUCUCCCUACUCUCAUUUCCCUUCUCCCUACUCUCAUCACCCUUCUCCCUACUCUUAUCACCCUUCUCCCUACUCUCAUCACCCUUCUCCCUAAUCUCAUCACCCUUCUCCCUGCUCGCAUCACCCUUCUCCCUACUUUCAUCACCCUUCUCUCUACUCUCAUCACCCUUCUCUCUACUCUCAUCACCCUUCUCCCUACUCUAAUAUCUCUUCUCCCUACUCUCAUCACCCUUCUCCCUACUCUCAUCAUCCUUCUCCCUACUCUCAUCACCCUUCUACCUAUUCUCAUCACCCUUCUCCCUAUUCUCAUCACCCUUCUCCCUACUCUCAUCUCCCUUCUCCCUUCUCUCAUCACCCUUCUCCCUACUCUUAUCACCCAUGCGCUUCCCUUCCUUAGCAUUUGA